UUUUUUUUUAAAUAAUAUUGCUAUCUCUUAAAGAGACAAAGGGAAAUCAAUUUUUUUAUGCGAAUAUUUAAGAAAUUUAGGAAUGAAAACUGUUGAUAACCGUAAACGCAAAUGUUCCAAGUAUCACGCUCUGAGAAUAGACACUUUGCCAAAGUCAGGAGUUGUACACAUACACAUUACCAAGUAGGAGUAGUAAGAAUCCAUUUCUGCUACCUUCCACACAACCGAAUCUUUCUCUUUUCGCGAUCUUAUCUUCUUUCUUCUCUCUUCUCUCUUCCCUCUACAGUAUUUAAUACCAAACCAUAUCAAACGGUUUCUUCAUCACACUUUCUUUUCUCGUCAUGACGAUCACUGAUUUCAGUAAUCAUCAUGUUCAUUGCAAAAUUUCUGCCGUUAUUUUUGAUUUAGACGGCACUAUUUUGGAUACUGAGGUUGCGACGAGAAGUGUGUUGAAAGAUUUUUUGGCGAGUUAUGGAAAGGUUUUGAUUACUGAUAAAGAGCAUGCUAGAGUCGGAAAAACUCAGAAAGAAUCAGCAAUCGCCAUUGUUCAAAAUUAUGAGCUUCCCCUGACUCCUGAUCAAUUUAUCGCUGAAAUUAUUCCUAUAUAUCGUGCCAAGUGGAAAGACGCUAAAGCACUUCCUGGAGCCAAUCGUCUUUUACAGCAUCUUCACAAGCAUCAAAUCCCAAUUGCUCUUGCCUCGAACUCUGUACAGGAAUAUAUAGAUGCCAAAAUCUCUUACCAGAAAGGAUGGAAGGACUUAUUCUAUGUCAUUCUUGGAAGCGACGAGGUUACAUCAGGGAAACCAUCUCCAGACUUAUUCCUAGAAGCAGCAAAGAGAAUGUCAGUGGAUCCUUGUAACUGCCUGGUGAUUGAGGACUCUUUGAUAGGUGUUCAAGCUGCGAAAGCUGCUGGAAUGGAGGUAGUAGUUGUCCCAUCACAAUAUGAAGCCGAUGCUGUUGCCUUGGCAGACUCUGCUCUUUCUUCACUUGCAGAUUUUCUUCCCGAGUUUUGGGGUCUACCUUCCUUUGAAGUUUCUAAUCUUAUGAUUAACGGGUUGAAUGAUGCAUUACCCGUCAAUCCAAUUUGUUUGGAAGGAAAGCUAGUUGAUGCACUUCUUACCGAAGUUUAGGGUAUAAAUAAUUCUCUUUCGUUCAUGACAUUGCGUAGAUCUAUAAAGUGUUUCAAGUGAACUUUGUCUCUAUAUCAUGUUGUUGGCUGACAAUUUUGAUGCCUGUUCUAUAAUGUUAUGAACCUACAGUUUUUUA